AAUAUCUUGGUAAAGACAUUUCGAUAUGCCAGGGAUAGAUUGAAUGACAGUACUGUUCAACAAGUUGAAAUAAAGUUGCUUGCGAAGAGAGAAAGGGAUGGUAGAGAAUAUGAUUUGCCAUCAGCAAAUGAGGUCGCUGCUUUAAUUGUCGAUGAUACAGGGGAGCAAACAUUUUCUCCGGAUAUUGUUGUCCAGUAUCAAAGUAAUGAACUGGAACAAAUUAGUAUAUAUCAUCCAAGUUUAAUGGCUUUGCAAUAUCCCAUAUUAUUCCCACAUGGCGAGGAUGGUUGGCACCCAAAUAUUUCACGCAAUGGGUAUGGGGAUGAUGAUGCAGAUGAGUACAAUGAGAAGAAUGUGACUCAAUGUGAUUUUUACAGUUAUAGACUUCAAACCAGGCUGGAAGAAUCAAAUGCAUUGCUAUUGUGUGGAAAGUUAUUCCAACAGUAUGUUGUAAAUGCAUAUGCAUUGGUUGAGGCUGAGCGUUUGGAUUGGAUUAAAAACAACCAAACAAAGUUGCGACAACAUUACUACCAAGGUCUUUUGGAUUCUUACUUGAGAGGUGAUUCAGAUACCAGUAUGAGUGGGAAACAGGUGAUUUUGGCUUCAUCACAUACAGGUAGUCCUCGAUAUAAGUAUGAAAGUUUCCAGGAUGCUAUGGCGAUUUGUAGAUGGGCAGGAUAUCCAGAUCUUUUCAUCACAUUUACAUGUAAUCCUGCUUGGCCCGAGAUCCAGCACAUGGUUGAUUUGAUAAGGACUACUACAAGGAAAGAUCCUAAUAGAGCUGAUGUCUUUGCAAGAGUUUUCAAGCUAAAGUUGCAUCAAAUGCUGAAAGAGAUUUUGGAGAAUAAAAUUUUUGGGAAAACGUCUGCAUAUGUAAUGGCAAUUGAAUUUCAAAAACGUGGUCUACCUCAUGCUCACUUAUUAGUCUUCCUAGCUCCAGAAGACAAGUUAUAUAGUCCUUCGGAAAUAGAUUCAAUCAUAUCUGCAGAAAUCCCAGAUCAUAAAACAGAUCCUGAAUGUUAUGAAGCAGUUUCAAACUUCAUGUUUCAUGGUCCAUGUGGCAUUCAAGGACCUAAAGCCCCAUGUACAACUAAUGGUGUGUGUUCUAAACAUUUUCCAAAGGAAUUCUGCAGCCAAACAACUAUUGAUGGCAAUGGUUUUGCAAGAUAUCGGCGUAGAGAGAACAACAGAUCAUGUAUGAUUAAUGGGGUCUCACUAGAUAAUCGAUUUGUUGUUCCUUACAACAGAUACCUAUUGCUGAGAUUUCAAGCACAUAUCAACGUCGAAUUUUGCAACAAAUCAAGGGCUAUCAAAUAUUUAUUCAAAUACAUCAACAAACCUGAAGACAGAGCAAUGGCGACUUUGGAAUCUACAGCUGGUGAUAAUGGAGAACACCAUAACCAAGAAAAAUCUUCAGCAACAUGCGUUUGUAUUGAUGAGAUCAAAGCGUUUCUAGACUGUCGAUACAUUACAUCAGGUGAGGCAUGCUGGAGACUUUUUAAGUUUGACAUCAGCAGUAAUUCACCUUCUGUCUUGCGUAUGUCAUGUCAUUUGCCUGGGGAGAAUAAAGUAGUUACAAAGGAGAAAGAAAAUAUUGAAAUAGCUCUUGAAAAAGAUGAAACAUCAAUGUUGCUGGCAUGGAUGAAAAUAAAUGCUCAUUCUUCUGAGGCACGAAAAUAUACAUUCGUUGAGUUCCCUCAGCAUUUUGUUUGGAAUCGAAAGUCGAAAAAGUGGCAGAUGAGGAAGAACAAGGUUUGUAUUGGAAGAUUGUAUUAUUGUCCUCCAUCAGCCAACGAAAGAUUUUAUCUUCGAAUGUUGUUGCAUUUAGUCAGAGGUUGUCGUUCUUAUGAAGAUAUCAGAACAGUUGAUGGUGUUAUCCAUGAUUCCUUCCAAAAAGCAUGUUAUGCUCUUCGGUUAUUGGCAGAUGAUGAUGAG